AAGUUAUGGUAGCUGCGGUGGAGCGGGGGGCCGGGGCGGGGGCCUCGGCUCGGAGCCACGCAGGAUCCGUCGCUGUUUAGCAAUCCCGGCCACGCUCUGCUGCCACACGGGCAGGGUGCCCGCGGCUCCGCCCGGCGCCCAUGCUGCCCCCAGACGCCUCCAGCCUCGCGCUGGAGCAGGGAGCCGUCGGGGGCAGCGAGGUGUGAGUAGGGCCCCCGGCCCCAGGCCAUGAAGGGCCCCCAGCAGGCAGCGGGGCGCACGGACCAGAUGCUGGGGGCCAUGGCCGAUAUCCUGACCUCCAUGGCCCUCCCCAGCCAGCAGUGGCUGCCGGAUCUGUGCUCAGAGGGGCCGGGGGACGAGAUGCGGCCGGAGCACGGCCGCUCCGAGGCCCCUGCAGGGAACAGGGUGCCGCAUGACGGGGACCCCCCGAGCGGGCCAGCAGCACCGGGCCCCCCGGAGCCCCACGGCGUGGACCAGUCCCCAGACACCUACCCCUCAGAAGAAGAGUCCUACUCGGUGGCAGGCAGUGAUGGCAGCAUCUCGGCCUCGGUGGCCUCCAUCCAGCCCCAGCCCUCGUCCGGCUCCGCGCCCAGCUCGCCCGGCUCCCGGCGCUCCGUCAGCACCCUCAAGAAGUGGCUGACCACCCCGGUGCGCAAGCUGAGCACCGGCAGCCUGGCCAAGGGCGAGCGGAAGCCGGAGGGUCGGCCCCGGCGCGGGGGCGAGGGCAGGCGGCACGGCCGGCAGGAGGAGAGGAAAAGCAUCGACCUGGGGCAGCUGGGCAAGGCCGACGAGCCCCUCGCUGCCCUCCGGGAGCCCAAGGGCACGGAAUCGGGCCCCUCGGGGGGCGAGCGGCUGCCGGGCCUGGCUCUGCUGUGCAGUCUGUUGGAGGGGGGCGCCGCAGAGGCAAACACACAGGGCUACAUGGCAACCAUGCGUGCCCGGGGCGUGCCCGAGGACAUGGAGGGCAAGGACAAGAUCAUCUUCGGGAACAUCCACCAGAUCUACGACUGGCACAACGAUUACUUCCUUAAAGAGCUGGAGAAAUGUCUGCACAACCCGGACCUGCUGGCGCAGCUCUUUAUAAAACACGAGCGCCGUUUGCACAUGUACGUCGUUUACUGCCAGAACAAACCCAAAUCGGAGCACAUUGUCUCUGAGUACAUCGACUCCUAUUUUGAGGAGCUGAAGCAGGAGCUGGGCCACAGGCUGCAACUCAAUGACCUGCUGAUCAAGCCGGUGCAGAGGAUCAUGAAAUACCAGCUGCUGCUCAAGGACUUCCUGAAGUACUACAGCAAGGCCGGGAUGGACACAGAGCAGCUGGAGAAAGCCGUGGAGGUGAUGUGCUUCGUGCCCAAGCGCUGCAACGACAUGAUGAACGUGGGGCGGCUGCAGGGCUUCGAGGGCAAGCUGACGGCGCAGGGGAAGCUGCUGCAGCAGGACACCUUCUGGGUGACGGAGCAGGACGGCGGGUUCCUGCCGCGCUGCAGGGAGCGACGCGUCUUCCUCUUCGAGCAGCUCGUCAUCCUCAGCGAGCCGCUGGAGCGGCGCAAGGCCUUCGCCACGCCCGCCUACCUCUUCAAGAGCAGCAUCAAGGUCAGCUGCCUGGGGCUGGAGGAGGGCGUGGAGAACGACCCCUGCAAGUUCGCCCUGACGUCGCGGGGCGCCGACCGCAGCAGCGUCCGCUACGUGCUCCAGGCUGCGGCCCCCGAGAUCGCCCGGGCCUGGGCGGCCGACAUCAGCCACAUCCUGGAGACCCAGCGCGACUUCCUCAAUGCGCUGCAGUCGCCCAUCGAGUACCAGCGGCGGGAGAGCAAGUCCCACAGCCUGGGCUGGGCGGGGGCCCCGCGGGCAUCGCCACCCAGCGGCCCAAUGCGUCCCCACUCCUCCGCCUCCAUGGACAGGAACAUGGGGCCCAGCCUCCGGGCCUACAACUCCUCCCUGCCCUCCAUCUACCUGCCCAGCAGCCACCCACCGCCCACUGAGCCCGCCCGCAGCCAGAGCUCCCCCGCGCCCAGGACGGCCUCCCCGGCCCAUGUUUGCCUCGACUUCCCCGGGGGCCCCCAGCCAGGCGAGCCCCCCCCUGGGGUCCUGAGGGGGGCAGGCUGCCCGCUCCCCGAGCCGGGCUCCGACACCCCCAGCGCCCGGCUUGCCAAACUCGACGAAGACGAGCUGUGACCCACCCCCUCACUGUGGACUCUGGAGGCUGUUGCCCCCUCGCAACCCAGGCAGUGACCCGCGAGGAACGGCUGGGGCCCCCCUUGGAGACUGGAGUGAAGCCGGGGAGACCUGGAGCCCCACACCCCACGCUGCCCCCCCUGGGAGGAGGGGCAGCCAGGCAGGGACCAUGGACGUGACCUUGAGCAUCUUCCUUUUGGCCAAGGACCCUCAUGCUGAGGGGGGCACGGGGGUCUGCCCCUCCCCCACCCAGGACCCGUCAGUGCAUGGAGCUGCGAUGGGGCUGGGCAGUGGGGUGCUGGGGAGGGGGCAAAUGGGGCUCUGGACAGAUGGGAAGGGUGCCUCUGCCCCCGCCUUGGAGCUGGGUUGGACCCAGCCAGACCCCGACCCCGUCGCCCUGACCCCCAGCUGCGGCCCCCACUUCCCCCUGCUUUGUGGCAGGGAUGUGUGUAUGUGGGUGUUCCCAGACAUCCCAUCCUUGCUCCCGGGGGACUUUUAGCAGCCCCACGCUGUCAGGGCCCUUCCCUUCCCACCCCCCAUCUCUGGCCCCAGAGAUUGCAACAUGGCCGCCCCCCAACCCUCUAGCCUGGCCCAGCCGCCCAGCCCAAAGGCGGCUUCUCUCCCAGGCUUCACCUUUCCCCAUGGGAAUCAGGCCCCCUUUCUGGACCAGGGAAUGCAAUGCGGGGCCCCCCUGGGCCCGCCCCCCAGGGACCUCACCCCCCCGGGCCCGCAGGCCCCUGUAUAUGCAUGCUGCCGGGCCCCGGGCAGGGAGCAGGGGAAUUAUUUUGUUUAAUAAUAAAGAUUUUGGUUUAUCAAA